ACCUGCAAAUGAUACAGCUUGAUGAUAUCCUGAAUUCUCGUUAAGUGAGAGGCAAAAAUAACAUGAAUUUGUAUAGCAAAAGUGUUUUCAGACUGAGCGGUGGCAGAAGCAGGUGAACUUUAGGGUAAGUGUGUUGCUUCUUGGAAGUCGUGAAUAGAAGUGCAAUUUCUUUGGACAUAAUUCAGGAUACUCUAUUCCUGGUCACCUCCUUAGCUCGGCUGAAUUCCUUACUGAGAAAACUUGCACUUUCUAACUUCUUCAUGGAAUUGUUAUUCUCUUUGUGGUUCUGGCAGUCUACAGUACUGAAAUUCAUGUUUGUGUUCAUCCCCACAGCAAGUCAGCAAGUGUCUGUGAAAGGAUUAAUGCUUGAAGAGUACUGCUGUUCAUUAGAAUGACUUACAGGACUAUAAGGACACAGUGACAUUGGUGUUCUAGUUUCCAACAGCAUUUCAGCUCUGCAAAGUACUGCAAUAGAUGCUGUUUCUAUUCCUCUGUGGUUUCCUGUGCCCUCAUGAUGCUCACAGUUUCUAGUGGUACCUUUUUACAACCUGUUGAAGAACUUAAAAAUGGGAAUUGAAGGCAACUACUUCUCAGGUACACCGUUAGACAGGAUAAGGAUCUAUACCUGCUACAAGAAAUCUACAUGUAGAGCUGAAUCAUUUAUUUAUUGCAGUCGAUUUAUGUUUUUUUUAUUGAAGCGUUAAAUAGUAAAUAAUACACAGCGCUGUCAGAUGCUGGGACAGGUUUGAUUGUUUGGAUCUGUGUGUUCUUUUAUCCAAAUUUGAUUAAGAUUUUAAGUUACCGUAUGGUAGAUGAAACCAAAGACAGAGAAGUAGUUUACAUUUGUCUCUUAAACUAAAGCUGCUUCAUGAGUAAGUUACCUACAAUACCUCCAUUGUCAUGCUUGUUAAGUUCAAAUUUGUCCUUUUCUCAGGAAAAAAUAAUGGGGAUUUGGAAAGCAUAUAGAAUUCCAAAUAAAUGAUUUCACAACUUGAAAAGGUCUUUCAAAAUAUGCAUUUAAGAGCGGUCAGAAGAAGCACAAACCGUGACUAAUGGCAUGGCUUUGUCAGUGAAAAGACGCUUCAAUUUGCACUGAAAUUUUUUGCUGAAAUUUCUGACAUUUCGGUGCUUCAGCUAUUCAUCCUUUUGACAUUUCUGACCUCUCUUUAUCGUGUUACUUGAAGGUGUUACUUGGGCCAAGUUAAAUGCCUCCCUUUUGCUUCCAUAGAUGCCUUUAGAUGCAUUAGCUAUUUGAACACUGGAAUGUUUUAUAUGUAGCACAACAUUUAUGAUACUGUUCAAAUAAUUACAAGCCAGAUAUAGCCAAGGCUAUUGAACAAUGAAAAUAAUUCUGAGAAAACAGAAUUCCUGCUAAGAUGAUAAUGUAACCACUAUCCGAAUAGCAAAGCUAUUAUGACACAAAGAAAGCUUCAGAUGAACUUUGUCGGAGUUCAUGCAAAGAGGAGGGCAAGUUUAAAUUGGAUUUAGAAAUAACUUAGUGAAGGUAACAAAGUACAGUUAAAUAUGACCCCACCAGGGGGUCUAGACUGAGAGAACAGUGUGAGUGGAUUUCCAGGCAAGCUGUCCUCCAAUAAUAAUACGCAAUCUUAAAUUGUCAAUAGUCAGGUUUAGUUUAGUGAUACCAUUACAUACCAGAAGUUAACUAAAAUCAAAGCACUUUUACUGUGGAAGAGGCGUGUGCUCCAACUGGUUUGAAAUAAAAGAUGUCCAAACUGACUAGUUACAUAAAACAACUUUUCAGAAUCAGCAGACUGACAGACUAGCACAAAAGUCAUGGCUUAAAUCUGAAGAACUGUAUGUUCAUUCAGGUUUCUGUUGAGUCUGAUGAAUUCAUGUGCUGGGAGGUUGUGGAAGUAGGAGAAAAUGUUAAUCUUCCAAGUCACAUGAAUGUGUUUUGGUUGGCUAGAGCUGACAGCAUAACUUCUCCUUUACGGUUCAGUGGGCUUACGUGGAUUGGAAUGAACAAGUUUUAUGUUACUGCAGCUACAUUCACCAUUUUUUUGUGGGAAUUCCUUGUUUCUCUGACACCACUGGAAACAUGUGACUGUAUUUCUAUGGAAAAGGGGACCAGACAAUGCACAUCCUUCCACAGGCCGAGCUUUUACCAUAGAGCAUGUGAAACGUGCUGCUGCUCUCUCAAAUGUAGGUAAGUUUCAUUCUUUAUCUUUUUCUAGUCUGCUCUAGGAGACUUAUGUCAGCUUUGUCUCUUGGAGCAUAACUCUGGGUUUUACUGAUGAUGCUGAUUAUUGAACAUGUAGUUGGUCAUUCUGACCUCCAAAUUGGAUUCUGCUGUAGUAAGGAUGCAAAGUGUGGUGGUAAAGCAGCAAACAAUGAUGAAUGCAUUAAUAACUCUUAUUGUGUGGUUCUGUUUGACUUUCAAAUUAUUAUCUGGCACAGCAAAGAGAAGAAAAUAGUGUAAUUACAUAUUCAGUGCUGUGGUAGCCCACACAAUCACUCACAUUCUUAAGUAUUCCAUUCCUGGUUUUCACUGUUUAACCACAGAAUAAUUUGGCUUUUAUAAUUCCAAAUAUUAUUUUUCAAUAGUUUAGCUAGGAAAACUAGACUGUAUCUGUAUUGAUAGAUUACCAUAGUAAUUAUGUACCAUACACCAUAGUAUUAUUGAUAAUUAUUGAUGACCAGGUUCAGGUCGGAUAUCAGGAAGAGGUUCUUCACUGACCACAUGGUCAGACAUGGAAGUGGUCACUGUGCUAAGCUUACUGGAGUUUAAGAAGCAUCCCAACAAUGCUGUCAGAUGUGUGGUCUGAUGUUUGGGUGGUCGUGUGGAGCCAGGAGUUGGACUCAGUGAUCCUUAUGGGACCCUCUGAACUCAGGUUAUUCUGUGAUUACUGUACAGUGUUAUUGUAUAACAGCAUUAUUGUGAAAGUCUAUCUGAACUUGUAUCUACUAGCAGAUCUUCAUUUCUAUUCCAUCUAACAAACCUCCUACAAUUAUCUAUCAUGUUCCAAACAUAUUUAUAAGAUGAUGAUAUGACUGGGGUUUUUAGAUAGCUUACUUUGUGACCCAUCUGUUAUUAUUACAAGCUGCAGUGUACAGGCCUCUAAGCCUCUGAACAUGAUCUUUAAAUAAAUGAUUAAGAAGUCUAUCCACGUAGCAGAGAGAAUAUAUAUAUAGGUGUUCGUUUUUUAUUUCCUAAAACUAGGUUUAUUGUGAUUCCUGUGCUGGGACUAUUGCCACCUCUAGAAGUUCCUCUGAGAAAAACUAGGUGCUGUUCUGAUGAAGUGCUUAGAGGACAAAACUUCUGGAACUCUUUUUCAAGCAGGCUGGUUACAAAAAGUCUCUUACAAUUAAUUUUGUGGAGAAGAGGUAAUUCAUUGUGAAGUGAAGGGUAGGGGGGAGGGAACCAAAUGCCCAAAUAUGGAAUUAACUACAAAAAUGUACAAGCAGAGAAAGCUAGUGCCAGCUGCAAGACUGAAGGCCUACAGUGUACAGUAUAUCUGAGUUUCUUACUAGUGUAUGAAUAGAAGCAGCUGCUUUACAUGAUGGUGUGAGACUGGUAGGAAAUACUUACCAUAUUAAUAGAUGUGAGAAGCAGUUACAGGAGGAACAUAUAUUAUCUCCAUCCAUCUAGAGAUUAGAACUUGAAAAUCAGUUGUUAAAGCUGGAGAGCUACUGCAUAAACUUAAAAACAAAAUUGACUUUUAAGUUUCUGGUACUGAUCCUAAUUUAUUUCUAAAGUUCUGAUGUAACCUUUAUUAUGUAUAGCUAUGGGGUUAUACCGGUGUUUCUGGUAAAGUGAAUUCGUGCUGUUUUCAUGUUAUUUGUUGAUUUACGAUCUAGGGACAUCACUGGUUAUUCAGUAGCUUUAAAUAUCUCAGAUAUUGUUCUUAGAACAUGGCAAAUGUAAUCUAGUUGAUUUAGUUUAGGCUGUCCAUCCUUUAGGACUACUGUCCAUCUUCCUGUUCUUUUUAAAUCCCCCUACAGGUAUCUCUUAGUGCAUCUACUAUUUGCUUUAAGAGCUACUCCCUGUUCUGGUUUGUUUUUUUUCUCUCCUACGCUGUCUAUAAGCAAGACAUGGAAUUAGCUUUCACUUAUAAAAGUCAGAACAAGUUUAUCAUCACAUCUACCUGAUUUUUUUUAGUUAUUAUUAUUAUUUUUUCCCCCAGAACCACUUAUUUCGUAAGUAACUGUGUCUCCCAAACCAUCUUCAGACAAACAUUAAAGAAAUAACAUAUCUACACCAGGCAUAUACAUAGACAGAUGGGAAAGUCCAAAGGUAAUCUAGAAUGUGAAACCCCCAGUCUGCGCCCAACAGAUGUGUAUCAAAUCUGCUCAUCCAAAGUUAGUGGGAGCAAUUACAUAACGUGGUGAGGUAGCUUGGCAGUCUGAAAUGUGCGAGAGAACCCAGAGACAUCUGAGGUAGCAUUGCUAUCUGAAAAUCUACCCGGGACAUUUGUAGCUGCAAACUAAGCCUAUUAUUUCUUUUUCUUCUGAUAUGCAUCUUAACAAAAGAUGUGUAUAUCCGUGUCAUGCUUCUGGCACUCAUCUUUACCACAUGAAAUAACUCUCUCAACCACAUCUAUUUAUCAUUUUUAAAAGCUUCUAAUUUUUUUAUGUUGCUUUUCUCCUGACCUUUUUAAAUAUAUAGAAGCCUAUUUUAGAGGCACUGAUUUAGCUUAAACAAGUGUGUACUUUAUGGAGGCUCUUUAUCCUGUGCAUUUUAUUCCUGGAUCGCUUAAUGCUGUGCUCACAAAGACUGAUGUCUUAUGGGAGGUGGGCUUUCUUCAUCAAGCAUGUACACACAUCUUAAUUUGUUAGUGUGCCCAAAUAUAAAUGUACAAAAAACAUAGAGGAUAUAGGGAAAACAAAGACAAAUAACUUUGAAGCUCACUAAACUUAGUCAUGACUAAAUUGCUGGGAAAGUAAGUUCUAGAAAUGUAGAUCUUGCCUUAAAAUUUCCUCUGUCUUGUGGUUUUACCAGAGCUCCUGAUCCACGUGUAACUGAGCUGGAUCUCUUGUGCACCCUUUCUGAAGCUACUGAAGUUUAUACAGAAUAUUGUUGUGUUGGGGGAUAUGAUUUAACUGGGAAGUAUUGGUUGGACUGGAUGAUCUUCUUGGUCUUUUCCAACCUUGGUAAUUCUGUGAAUAUCACUAGUACUUCUGUAAGAAUAUAGAAAUGGGUAUGAAGGUAGAACAAAGGGCUUCAAAACUGUGCAAAACAAGCUGAUCUACAGGUUGGAGCUCAAGUUCUCUGUGUGUGACUAUAGACCUGUAGAGCUGAAUCAAGCAGAAGCUGAGUGAAGGUUGUUGGUGGUUGAAAGGUACUGGAUAUUUUCUGCUAAAAGAAAGACACAAGGUAUAUGGUUUCACAAACUUACCCCUCCGUAACACAAAUAACAUCUCUGGAUAUUGUAAUAAGUUUGUAAUGUUACUGUGGAAAACCACUGCUGUUUUCUGUGAAUGUAGGAACGUUUCCAUAUAUGUUAUUGGAUGAUAAAUAGUACUAAGAGAACUUCUCAAACAAAACGCUGUGUUUUCUAACAUAUGGGAGGGGGGAGAAGAUUAAAAAGGCCCCAAACUCACCUUCUUAAUGAAGGAGAAAGUUGGGAUAAUCCGCGUGUGAGAUUUUGCCAACGCAACUGGGGAAAGAGGGGAAAAAGUAAACUUGGACUGCACGCUUAAUGGGCAAAGUUAUCUGAUUUGAAUUAUACGAAAUAAUAGGUUCGUUCUAUUCAAGUCUCAUCCCAGACCCACCCCCCUUUUCCAGCCCUAGGGGAGGGAGCGUUAAAUAAUGGUCUGUGUAAACUGAUGCUCAUGCAGUAAGAGUUUGGAGUAGUGCUGCUUGUACAAGUUAAAGCAGGCAGCGAAGAAAGAGCAACCAAAUAAAAAGCAGCUGCGAGGGGAAAAGAGAAUAAAAAAGAGGGAAAAAAUAAUAAUAAUAAAGCCAUGUCUUUCCUCACGAGAGUCCUGACAACGAAAUACAAGCAGACACUUGAAGCCGAGAGGACUUACUUCCAGCACACGCUUUUUGCCAGCAGGUUUCAGCAGGCGGCCGGGCUGUCGGGCGGUCAGUCCCUGGAGGUGCGGAGCGGAGCGGGGAACAAAGCGGCUCGGCCGGGGGAGCUGCUGGAGCCCAACCCGCAGCUGGGCAGGGUGAAGAGCUUACACGAAAUGCCCGGACCCAACACCCUCUACAAUCUCUAUGAGUUCUUCUGGAAGGACGGUUUCGGCCGCAUUCAUGAGAUCCAGCAAAAACACACUCAGGAAUAUGGAAAGAUCUUCAAGUCUCACUUUGGUCCCCAGUUUGUUGUAUCCAUUGCAGAUCGAGAUAUGGUUGCUCAAGUGCUCCGGUCAGAAGGUAGAGCACCACAGAGAGCUAACAUGGAAUCGUGGCAGGAAUACAGAGACUUACGAGGAAGAGCUACAGGACUAAUUUCAGCAGAGGGGGAACAGUGGCUAAAAAUGAGAAGUGUACUGAGGCAAAAGAUUCUGAAACCCAAAGAUGUGGCAGUUUACUCUGGAGGAGUCAAUGAAGUCGUCACAGAUUUAAUUAAAAGAAUCCACACCCUCAGAAGUCAAGAGGAAGAUGGGGAAACAGUGACCAAUGUUAAUAAUCUUUUCUUCAAGUACUCAAUGGAAGGUGUGGCUACUAUUCUGUAUGAAUGCAGGUUGGGCUGCCUGGAAAACAACGUCCCACAACAGACUGUUGAAUAUAUCGAGGCUCUGGAGUUGAUGUUCAGUAUGUUUAAGACCACUAUGUAUGCGGGUGCUAUUCCCAGAUGGCUUCGUCCAUUUAUUCCUAAACCCUGGAGAGAAUUCUGCAGAUCCUGGGAUGGACUCUUCAAAUUCAGUCAAAUCCACGUUGACAACAAACUGAAGUCUAUUCAGUCUCAACUGGACCAAGGAGAAGAAGUGAAUGGUGGGCUGCUUACGUAUCUCCUCGUGAGUAAGGAGCUUACUUUGGAGGAGAUUUAUGCCAAUAUGACUGAAAUGCUCCUGGCAGGAGUGGACACAACUUCUUUUACUUUGUCCUGGGCAAUAUAUAUGUUGGCAAAGCACCCUGAAGUUCAGCAACGUGUUUAUGAGGAAAUAAUCAGUAAAUUGGGGAAAGACCAAGCUCCUGUUGCUCGUGAUGUGCCCAAGUUGCCUUUGAUUAGAGCUGUGCUGAAGGAAACUCUGAGGUUAUAUCCAGUAUUGCCAGGAAAUGGAAGAGUGACACAGAAAGACCUGAUUGUUGGAGGAUACCUAAUACCUAAAGGGACGCAGCUGGCACUAUGUCAUUACACUACUUCAUACAGCGAAGAGAAUUUUCCAAUGGCCAAUGAGUUCCGGCCCGAGCGCUGGCUGCGGAAAGAUAAUCUGGACAGGGUAGACAACUUCGGUUCCAUCCCCUUUGGUUACGGCAUUCGAAGUUGUAUUGGAAAACGAGUUGCAGAACUGGAAAUUCAUCUUGCACUGAUCCAGUUGCUUCAGAAUUUUGAGAUUAAAGUUUCUCCCAAAACUGAACCAGUUCAUGCCAAAACCCAUGGACUUUUGACUCCUGGAGGCUCCAUCAAUGUGAGAUUUUCCGACAGAAAGUGAGACUGAGAUACUUUGGAAAUACUUGUGGGAUUUUCAGGGGAACAGGCUUGUGUCUGAUGGACAUUUGAUCAUAACAGGUUCUCUGGUUUGUAGUUCCUUCACAAUAUGACCAAGUAUUACGUUCUGCCUUAUACCUAGCAGCACAUAACAAAAGUUACCUCUCUUGUAAUUGCUAAUUACACAUUUGAAGAUACGUGCUGGAACAGUUCUUUCUUGCACUGGGAUUCUCUCCUGCUUGUAUUUCAAGUUGUAGCAGCACAUGCAUUGGGGGAAAAAAAAGAAGUAAAACUCAGACAUGAUUUUGUGAUUCAGUGAUUUUGUUACGCUAUUUUACAGUAAAAGUCAAUUAUUCUUGUGAGCUAUUAGAGAGCAAGAGAAUUGUUAUCUGGUAUGUGCAAAUUAGCUGCAUUUAGGAGUUCGUGUUUUUGUUUCUCAUCCUCCAGGUGUGUUCUUAAAAAAUUUCUACAUAACCUUAAAAAUUAGGUAAUUUUCCCUUGUCUGUAAAAACAUUUACACCAUGUGUAGUUAAAAUAUCAGCACAAGAAUACGAAAUGUAAAGACUGAAAAAAGUACUAUUUGCAUCAGUUUUAGUCUCCAAAUUCAAAAACAAGUUACAAUUUAUCUGAAUUACAGUGUCCAUAAAACAUUGACAUAUAAUUUCCUUAAAAACAAAUCGUAGUUUAAACAAUGCAUUGUAGAGUUAUGAACCUAGACAUUGUUUUAUCACCAAAGCAAAAGAUGAGUGGAAUAGCACAAGCCACUUUCACUGUUCUAGCUGAUAUUAUGCCAAAAUCAACUGUAAAUAAGAGAAAUGAAGAAGUUGUUACGUUUUUAUCAUGUAAUGAAAAUACUACUAUUAAAUAUCUUCACAGUUCUUCUACAGUAAGAGCUGGAAACUUCCCAUUGUAGUGUGCUGAACUCACAGGCAGAUACACAGUUGUGUGCUAUAAGAUGCAGAUGUGACUACUGAGGUAUUCAAAGGCUUUUAAUUUUCUUUUUCUGCUGUCCAAUAUGAAGUGUGGACAACACAAAUAUUUUUCUUUUUGCUUUAUUUUUUCUGUACCAGCUAACAGAGAAGUCUCUUGCGUAAGACUUCAGAUGAGUUUUCAUGUCUCUGUAACAAUAGCCCUACAUUCUCUUUUUGAGAGAAACCUUAUACCUUGGGACCACGUUGUGCCUUGAACAACACUCAGACCUGCCUAUCCUAACAUGAUAUUAUCUAUAUGAUAAUGUGUAGUUAACUGUUUACAUGUCAGGCUUUGACUGUUGUUUGUGAGGUAGUUUACAUACUGAUAAUCAUAGAUAUCCAGAUGUGCCAAGAUAAAAGCUGUGCAGCUCAGUAUUUAAGGUGACAUUUUUCUUUUCUCAUCUGACUAUAAAAUGGCAAAGGUAAGUUAUGAAUGGAACAGUCCGCUUUAGUUAAAAUGGUGUACAUGACAUUUCAUGUAGUUAACCAUUACAGUCGUAUUUUUUGUAGUGCUUUGAUUAGUUUUUGUAGUACAUUUUCAAGGUCUUGACAGAAGAAAAGUAUUCCUUUAAAAUGAUAAUAGUCAACAAAACUGAUUUGGUCUGUGAGAAGUUUAUACGUUUACGUUACUUUAAAAUGUUCGUAUUGCAUUGAAUAUAUACAUGCAUACAUGUACUGCAGGAUAAGCAGGUAAUAUUGGGAAGUGUUUUUUUUCUUGAAUGAGCUGGCAUUAUGAUGAUGUUUGUUUUUUUUCCUCCAGGAAUUCACAUUAUUUCCAUUUAAUUCCUGUUCCAUUGUUAUUUCUAAUAUGAGGUAGAAUGGAGAAUAUUUGCCAGAGCUGACUGGCUUCUGGAAGGGGAUGUUUUUUGCAAAGAUUUGUGCAGUCAGUCAGUUGAAUAUUUGUUUAAUUACUGCCAUUUCAUGUUGAGCUGAGGACCAAAGCCCCAAACCCUAAAUCCAGAUAUCGAUUCCUCAUUGGGUUUUUGUUGUUGUUGUUUUGCAUUGUCAUAGCAUUUUUGGAAGCACCAGC